AUGCAAGAAAACUAUCUUCAACUCAACAGUAACAAAUCAGACAUAAUCAUCUUCGACCCUGCAGCCCACAUCAUAGACAGUCAAUUUUCCCUCACCCUCAACAACUGCACCCUGCCUUUCUCAACACAUUCCCGCAACCUUGGUAUCAUUUUUGACAAUAAACUCAGAUUCGACCACCACGUCAACCAUAUCACCAGAACUGCCUUCUUCCACCUCAAGAACAUAGCCCGUCUUCGCCCCUCCCUCACCCUCUCUACUGCUGAAACCCUCAUCCAUGCCUUCAUAACCUCCAGACUUGACUACUGCAACAGCAUUCUCUUCGGUUCUCCAUCCAAACUCAUCAAUAAACUACAAUAUAUCCAAAACUCUGCUGCACGCCUUCUCACCCGGACCCCCUAUAGGAACCACAUUACCCCCCUUAAAUUAAAAAAAAAAAAAAAAAAAAUACAGGUGUGUGGCUUUCCGAUUAGCAUCUUUUUUAUUGUGGUCAACGAGUUCUGUGAGCGGUUCUCGUAUUAUGGCAUGCGAGCCGUGCUCGUACUUUACUUUAAGUACUUUCUGAGGUGGGAUGAUGACUUUGCCACCACAAUCUACCAUACUUUUGUUGCACUCUGCUACCUGACCCCAAUUCUGGGUGCCAUUGUGGCCGAUUCAUGGCUUGGAAAAUUCAAAACUAUCGUGUACCUGUCCAUUGUGUAUGCAUUAGGGCAGGUGGUCCUGGCGGUCAGUGCCAUCCAUGACAUCACAGACACUAAUAAAGAUGGCACCCCAGACAGCAUGGCUGUACACGUAGCUCUGUCCAUGGUGGGUUUGAUUCUCAUAGCUGUAGGAACAGGAGGCAUCAAGCCUUGUGUUGCAGCCUUUGGUGGGGACCAGUUUGAAGACCAUCAGGAGAAGCAGAGGAGCACCUUUUUCUCCAUUUUCUAUCUGUCCAUCAAUGCAGGCAGUCUGCUGUCCACUGUCAUUACCCCAAUCCUCAGAGCUCAGGAGUGUGGGAUUUACAGCCAGCAGAAAUGUUACUCACUGGCUUUUGGUGUCCCCGCAGCCCUGAUGGUAGUCGCUCUAAUUGUGUUCAUUGUGGGAAGUGGAAUGUACAACAAGACUGCUCCUCAGGGAAACAUCUUGGUGAAAGUCUGCAAAUGCAUCGGAUUUGCUAUCAGUAACCGCUUCAAUCAUCGUCAUCCACAAUACCCGAAAAGAAAUCACUGGCUGGACUGGGCUGAAGAAAAAUAUGAUAAACUUCUGAUUGCCCAAGUGAAGAUGGUGGUUAAGGUGCUGUUCCUCUACAUCCCCCUUCCAAUGUUCUGGGCUCUCUUUGACCAGCAGGGAUCAAGAUGGACGCUCCAGGCAACUACCAUGGAUGGUGAUUUUGGAAUCCUUGUUAUCCAGCCUGACCAGAUGCAGACGGUCAACCCCAUCUUGAUUCUGGUUUUGGUGCCCAUCGUGGACAGUGUGCUCUACCCACUCAUCUCCAAAUGCAAGCUAAACUUCACUCCGUUAAAAAGGAUGACAGUGGGGAUGUUCCUCGCCGCUCUGGCAUUUGUUUCUGCAGGCCUGGUCCAAAUCCAGAUUGAUCAAACGCUGCCCACAUUUCCAGCAAGUACUGAGAGCCAAGUGAAGUUCCUCAACAUGCUGAAUAAGCCAUUGGACAUCAAGGCUGGGUCACAAUCACUUAAAUUGGAUGCUUUUACGGCCAACAUUGAUUACUUGACCUUUGAUGAGCCCUUUUCUCUUGAACUGGCCCCAGAUGCUAUUUAUCCUAUCAGUUUGAGUGAUGGAUCUCGGAAUACUCUGGCAAUUCUCCAGGAUGGGCCCUUGCCCAGGCCAGUAAUGUUUGAAGACAUCACGGCCAAACCAGAGCAAGGAGCUAAUGGGAUAAGAUUUUUCAAUGGCCUUGACUCUCCUUUAAAUAUAACCGUUGGUAAUUUGGGCGUCAAGGAUGUUACUGCUUCAAACAUGUCAGAAUAUUUUGCUGUACCACAGGGAAAUGCACAGUUCUUGAUCAAGAACACCACAGGAGGUCAUUGUAUCUACAACAAGCAUCUUGGCUUUGGCAGCUCUUACACCUUGAUCAUCCCACCCAAUUUUCAUUUUGGACCAAAUUGUGAACAGGAUAUCCGUCAAGUGAAUGACAUCAGAGAAAACUCGGUCCACAUGGCCUGGCAGAUUCCUCAGUACUUCCUCAUCACUGCAGGAGAAGUUGUCUUUUCAGUUACAGGCCUGGAAUUCUCCUACUCACAGGCACCCAGCAACAUGAAAUCGGUGCUUCAGGCUGGUUGGCUGUUAACGGUUGCUGUUGGUAAUAUCAUUGUGCUCAUUGUUGCUGAGGCAGCAACACUUGAAGAUCAGUGGGCUGAGUACAUUCUCUUUGCAUCCCUGCUGGUGGGGGUGUGCAUCAUCUUUGCCGUUAUGGCUUACUUCUACACAUACACUGACCCAACCAAGAUUGAAGCUCAGUUCAGAGAGAUGGAGCCCAAUGAUAAGCAGAAGACGGAUAGAAAGGACUCCUUAGAACGUAGCAAUGAAAAGAAGAGUUAUGAUUCCAGUUCAGAUGAGGAGGGAGCUUUUGCACAGACCAAGAUGUAAAGAAAAAAGAAAAGGAAGUAGAAAUAGAGACAGUAUUUACCCUCAUUGUAUUUCAACGCUGCUUGGUUCUGUGUUUCUUGUUUAAUGUUAAAAAUGACUUUUGAUUUGUGUUUGGCAACAUGAUUUGUAAUUUAAAGGAGGUUUGUUUCCAAGCAGCUGUACAGAGUGCAUUUUAGUUUUUUCUGUUACGGUUAAUUCACGAUCAAAUUGGCUUAUUUUGCACUAUGUUGCAGUGACUUGUUGCUGUUUUUUUUUUGUUUGUUUGUAAUGUGCUGUU